UCAGCACCUUCAUCUCGCGACUGUCACCUGUUCUCAGGAGGGCUUUCUGUCGUUUCGCUCUUUUUUGCAGUUGGAGAGCAGUCGGCGUACAUGAUGAAGAUAGCCACCCGUAGCCUCGUCUUGAUGACUGCCAUCGCUGGGACUGUUGCGAUGUUCAGCUCCGCCGCCAUCGCUGCUGAUGUUUACGAAUGCGAUUACAAGAACGAAUGUGGUGUGGAUGUUCACGUGACGGUAUCACCAUCCUACAAGAGCAAAUACGGAUACAAGGGAGACGACGAAUUCGACCUGCAUGACAAGGCUUCCAAGCUAGUUCGUUACACUCUGGAGAAGCUCUCCUCUCCGUUGGACCUGCUCGGCAUAUUCUGGAAUCUCAAAGCCGUCGUUGACGGUGAGGAGCUAGAUGCUUCAUGCUUCGUGCCUCUGAAUGCCAAAGUGGUGAUCACCAAAAGAAAUGGUCGUGUUUGCUCCGAGGUCUAUGUUUACAGCAAGAUACUACGCAAGUACUUCGUAAUUUCGGUUGUGUACUUGCACUAAAUAUGUUACCACUUCCAUCGGUGCUUUCAGCAUGUGCAAGUGUCGGAGACGAACACUAGAGUUGAGGGCUCAAGAUUAAGACUUUUGACUGUUAUUUAUGUCAGACGGAUAGGACAUUGUGUGAGCUUUUUGCAAUAAGAAAGCUCUGCUUACAUAUGAUUUCUCGAGCUCAGAGAGUGCGAACAUUAGUCAGCAACGCAAAAUCUUAGUUUGUUUAGAUUGUCUAGUCAUCCGAUGUUCAAGUUAUGAUUUAUCAGGUGACAGGAGUACGAAGGAAAGAAUUUAAAGAGCCUUAUCAUGUACUUUCACUGGUAGGGACUAAGCCAUCCUUGGGGAUUGUGUUUCGCUAGAUUUUGGUGCACUAUAAAGUUGGAAGAUUAAAUUGUGACAUCGAUAUGGACCUUUCAAAUGUAUUGAAGGUCCAUUAAUACAACGUCAAAAAAUAGCG